GACUUGCACUAAUUAGUCUAGUUUCACGCUGUUUUCACAGGGGCAAGAAAAAUUCCACGAUAGUCCAAUUUCAGUCAAUAAUUUGUCAUUUUCAAAAAACAAUUAUUAAACGUUCUUAUUAACAGGACGGUCUCAAUCUAAGGUCACUGUGAAGCACUGGAACAAUGGCAGCAGACUGGUUGGGCAGUCUUGUAUCUAUCAAUUGCGGUCCAACACUGGGAGUGUACCAGGGAGAGGUGUACUCCGUCGAUCAGUCCAGCCAGACCAUCUCUCUCAGACAGCCUUUUCACAAUGGCGUAAAGUGCCCCGUUCCUGAGGUCACGUUCAGUGCCAUGGAUAUCAAGGACCUCAAGAUCCUAAAUAUUCACGGCAGCAGUGGGAAUGGCAUCACCCAGCGAAGCGUCUCGGACGUGGCGGCCUCCAUGGGCGGGCUUGGCAGCCGCGGCGGCGGCGGUGGCAAGACGGGGGGCGGCCCGACCAAUAGCACCCCUAUGGUGGUGCCCAGCCGAGCGGAGCAGAAGGCAGUGGAGGGCCACGGCUCCCCCCAGCAGCCCGGCGCCAAGAGCUACGGCGAGAGGCAUGCGGACGCGGCCGGCCAGACCAAAGGCUUCCGGCGCAGGCACAACUCCUGGUCGUCCAGCAGUCGGGGCGGGAGCCAGGCCACGCCGAAGAAGAACGGGAUGAAGAAUGGGGGGGGGAUGAAGAACAAAGACGACGAGUGCUUCGGGGACGUCUUGGACGACGGCCUGGACGAGGACUUUGACUUUGAGGGGAACCUGGCACUGUUUGACAAGGCGGCUGUGUUUUCCCAGAUCGAAACGUCACGAUCACGAGGGACGCCGGAGAAACAGACACAGCCAGCGCGGUACCGACACGACGAGAACAUUCUGGAAAACAAACCCGUCAUUUACAGACAAAUAGCUGUGCCUCAGCCAGGCGCCAAAGAGUACUGCACCGACUGCGGGCUGGUGGUGCCUAGCGUCUCGUACGAGUUGCACAAGCGUCUGCUGAGCGUGGCGGAGCGGCACGGCCUGUCCCUGGAGCGCCGGCUGGAGAUGACGGGCGUGUGUGCCAGCCAGAUGGCCCUCACGCUGCUCGGAGGACCAAACAGGCUGACCCCUAAGAACGUUCACCAGCGUCCGACCGUGGUGCUGCUGUGCGGCCCCCACGUGCAGGGCGCUCAGGGCAUCAGCUGCGGCCGCCACCUGUCCAACCACGACGUGGAGGUCAUCCUCUUCCUGCCCAACUUCGUCAAGAUGCUGGAGGCCAUCACCAGCGAGCUCUCGCUCUUCUCCAAGACAGGGGGGAAACAGGUGGCCAGUGUUAAAGACCUGCCCACCAGUCCAGUGGACCUGGUCAUCAACUGCCUGGACAGCCACGAGAACGCCUUCCUGCAGGACCAGCCUUGGUACCGCGCCGCGGGCGACUGGGCUAGCCAGAACCGAGCCCCCGUGCUCAGCAUCGACCCGCCGGUGAGCGGGCAGGAGGCGGCGGUGGAGGCCAAGUGGUCUCUGUCGCUGGGGCUGCCCCUGCCGCUGUCGGAGAGCGGGGGGCGCGUGUACCUGUGCGACAUCGGCGUGCCCAAGCAGGUGUUCCAGGAAGUGGGCAUCAAGUACCACUCCCCCUUCGGCUGCAAGUUCGUCAUCCCACUGCACUCGCCGUAGCCAUGGCGCCCGGCGGACGACACGUCACACUCUCUCGACCCUGACCUCUGACUGUGGGGUCAGGGGGCAUUGAGCCAGAGUUGAGCCUUAACCUCCUGACAGUCUAGAGUGUAAAGAGCUGUUUGCUUAGUGGCAGCUGGGUGUGAGAUGGAUGAAUGAAUGAAUGAAUGAAUGAAUGAAUGACUGCAGGACAGAAUAUAUUUCUUUCUCAUUCUUCUUCAUGCGCACAACCGUAUGAUGUAUGCUGUACUGAAAAGAGAAAAUGAAUGGUAUUAGUAUUCAGAAGAACAAUCUUUUUUUCCAUACUUAUUUUUUCCUUGCUGUGUUUACUGAGGUGUGUCUCCACUCUACUGAGGUCCCAGCAGACGCCUCCUGUGCAGGGGGGGGGGAGAGGAGGAGGAGAGAGGGAGGAACACAUGUGGUCUGUGCAGGGGGGAGGAGGAGACGGGGAGGAACACAUGUGGUCCAUCUUUUGUGUAGGAGUGAGCUAGUUCUCACCCCAGAGUAUGUUUACGGUGUGAGGGCUCCUGACAUGGUGUUC